AUGGCUUCCCAACUCCAAUUCAUCGAGCCUGCCGGCACAAUCACCAAAUCAACUAUCGAAUCAGUAUCCUCUGAACAAUACGGUUCAUCAAGAUCCCUCACAGCAGGACUUUGUUCUCUUCGAGACCAGAACUCCGAACGUUCAUCAUACCCCUAG